UUUGUGAACACUAUUUUCCGCUCAAAAUCUCUCUCCCUCAAAACACUCUGCUCUCUCUCUCUCUUUUCGCGGCAAAGACAAGCGCUUGUUGACAGACUCAUUUUCCUCUCUUCAGGUUUCGCUAUGCGCAUCCAUCGCCAAUCAUCCUAGAAGAUUCGCAUUUGGAGUUUUCUCCUCAGAUUGUUCCAGAUCUCGGUUUACAUUUUGCGGCGCUUUGCUCAGCAAAAAUUGUUAAAAUUGAAUCGAAUUAGGUCAGAUGUAUCGCUGCGAUUGUUCAAUUUGGUUUUGUGCUGUAACUUUACUGCUGUUAUCGAUCAAUUUUGGGGAAUUUGCGAAUGCUGAUUGGGCGACUUGCUCCGGAAUCGUUCCGAUGAGUUACCGGAACGAUAAGAUUUCGAUAACGGACUUCGGAGGCGUGGGCGAUGGGGUGACGUUGAACACGAAAGCGUUUCGAGAGGCGAUUUACAGAAUUGAGCAUUUGAGGAGGAGAGGUGGCUCUCUGCUUUACAUUCCUCCCGGAGAAUUUUUGACUGGACCGUUUAAUCUCACUAGCCGUAUGACUCUCUACUUGGCUAGAGGCGCCGUGAUCAAAGCCACUACGGAUGUUGGCCAGUGGCCCUUGGUGGCGCCGUUGCCCUCUUACGGCAGAGGAAGAGAACGGCCCGGGGGAAGGUACAUGAGCUUCAUCCAUGGCAACGGUCUACAUGAUGUGAUAAUUACAGGGGAAAAUGGAACAAUUGAUGGCCAAGGCGGCGUCUGGUGGGACAUGUGGCGGCAAAGAACUCUCAAGUUUACUCGACCAAACCUUAUCGAGUUCAUGAACUCGAGAGGCAUUAUCAUCUCCAAUGUCAUUUUCAAGAACUCACCCUUUUGGAACAUACAUCCAGUUUACUGCAGUCAUGUUGUGAUUCGAUAUGUAACGAUUCUCGCACCUGCUGACUCUCCCAACACCGAUGGAAUCGAUCCUGACUCGAGCUCCAACAUAUGCAUCGAGGACUCCUUCAUCUCAACCGGGGACGACCUAGUGGCCGUGAAGAGCGGGUGGGACGAAUACGGGAUAGCAUUCGGUCGACCCAGCCACAGCAUCACCAUCAGAAGAGUAACCGGCUCCUCCCCGUUCGCUGGAAUCGCAGUUGGGAGCGAAACCUCGGGAGGCGUGGUGGGCGUCCUAGCCGAGCACAUAACUCUCUACAACAUGGGGAUCGGCAUACACCUCAAGACCAACAUCGGCAGGGGAGGGGUCGUGAGGAACAUAACCGUGUCGAACGUCUACAUGGAGAACGCCCGGACGGGGAUCAAGAUAUCGGGCGACGUGGGGGACCACCCGGACGAGUACUACAACCGGAACGCCCUCCCGGUUCUCAAGGAUGUGGUGAUCAAGAACGUUUGGGGCGAAAGAGUGCAGCAACCCGGUCUCAUCCGCGGCCUUUGGAAUGCACCAUUCACUGCUAUUUGCCUCUCCAACAUCCAUCUUGGUGGCGCGCGGCCGUGGCAGUGCUCUCAUGUGGUCGGAGCCGCCGUUCAAGUUAGCCCCUCGCCGUGCGCUCAGCUCACCUCCCGCCAGCAGAUAGGUGCGUGCUCCGCUUCCUUCUAAAAUCUCUCUGGUUUGUUGUCAUUUGUAUGUAAGAAUACUUUAAAUUUUGUUGUGUGUCAUAGCAAUUUUUAUUUUUUCA